AAGAUAAUCACGCCUUUAGAAUCGGUGCAGUUUUCUCUACUAUUUUGAUCCUUUCUGCAAUUCUUUCAUUUCUGAACUUGAAGAAUACAAAUGGAGGCCUGCAAUAUCUUCAGAGCUCUCAAGUCCUUCAGUCUCAGGAUCCCUCAUUCUCGUUCUGUUCGAUCUUCGUUUUCACUCCUCCCAAUUGCCAAAAUUCACACAGGAGGAGAAAGAUUGGUGAAGAAAGCAUAUGAUGGGUUGCUAUUAGACGCUGGGGGUACCCUUUUGCAGCUUCCAAAGCCAGUUGAACAGACUUAUGCUGAAAUUGGCAAAAAAUAUGGUCUUCAAACUACUCCAGCUGAAAUAAAGCAAGGUUUUAAAAGAGCUUUUUCUGCUCCAUGGCCUGAAAAACUGCGUUACCAGGGUGAUGCGAAGCCAUUUUGGAAACUUCUUGUUUCUGAGGCCACUGGGUACAACAAUGAUGAUUAUUUUGAAGAAGUUUAUGAGUACUAUGCCAACGGUAAUGCUUGGCAUCUACCAGCUGGAGCCUAUGAGACAAUAUUGGUUCUGAAAGAUUCUGGAGUGAAACUGGCUGUCGUGUCAAAUUUUGACACUCGCUUGAGGAAGGUAUUGAAAGAUCUCAAUGUAUUAGAUCUAUUUGAUGCUGUCGCCAUAUCUUCAGAGGUUGGAUAUGAAAAACCAGAUGCACAUAUCUUUAAAUUUGCUCUAGAUCAGAUGUCUGUGGAAGCAAGAAGAGCAGUUCAUGUUGGAGAUGAUGAAAAGGCUGAUAAAGAAGGAGCUAAUGCUGUUGGGAUCGACUGCUGGUUAUGGGGCACUGAUGUGAAGACAUUUUCAGAUAUACAAAGUCGCUUGCUUCUCACAGAAACAUGACUUUCCAAGUAUGAAGCAGAGUUAGACCAUUUUUUGAUGAACCAGAAAUGACAGUAAAAGAAAAACCAAUCUUCAUUCAUCCUUGUCCUCCUGACGCUGCAUGAAGCAAAUCUUGGUUUUUUUCUGACUGAGAGAACAACCUGUUCCACUCUCCUUUGUGUUGACAGGACUCGUGCACAUUACUACUUCAGUCUAGAUUCUUUCACCUUUAGAGUCCAAUGGUUUUAAUGUGUCAGUGCUUGCUUUUUAAUUAGUUUAGAUGUUUUAUAAACACGUUUUCAAGCACAAGCAAGAUAGCUGUGCAGUUCUUUUAUUGUAAAGUUUGUAAAAGAUAAGUAUAUAUUAAGUAUGAGAAAUUAUUUGUUUGAUUAAUAAUGUUCUUUCAAAUACGUUUGUAACUA